UUUAUCGACGCCUCAUGUGAGAUAAAUAUUUUAUUUUGACCAGUUGUACUACAUUCAUGUCAUUGUUUAAUAUUUGCUUGGAAUAGUUAAUUUCACGUUUUAAAUUGUGCAACUCUAAUCAGAGGUCCGAGUGGCGAUCGAUCGACUUUCUGCCUUUCAUAUACCUUGUUACUUAAACAUACCAAAAUCACCGCCCAAAAUGAGGACGCGGGAAAUUUUCAAAACUCCUGGUGAGGGAUCGGAAUCGGAUGAGCUCGAUGAACUAGCUGCUGUUGAGGAAGCUGAGGAUGUGGUUGCGUUCGAAGUUAACAUUGAGGAACCAUUCGAAUCAGAAGAUUCUGAAGUAGAGUAUAGUAUACCAUACGGCAGUGCCAUCGGAGCUCAUGAUGAGUCGGAUGAAGACUCAGACUUUGACCCAGAUGCGGAAGAGGACAGUUCUGAUUUCCAGCCAGAUGACUCAGAUGAUUCUAUGUCGGAGUCGGAUAAUAAAGCGGAGGUGAUAAGAAAUAAAGCUGGCAAUUUAUCGAAACAGGAAACACAUAAUGCAAAUACGACCGGUGAUGCCGGUCCGAGCUCAAGUGGUGUUGGAAGGAGUAAUCAAGAAGGUGAUGAUGUUAGUAAUGUACUAGAACUUAACGAAGACGAGGAGGACGAUGAGACUGUGCGCGCCAUCAUUGCAGCAAUUAAAAAACCACGCACGGCACCACCAGAAAUUAAAUUGGAUGAUUUCAUUACGGACAUUUGUUUUCACCCGGAACGUGAUAUCAUAGCACUCGCUACAAUAACCGGCGACGUGUGCCUUUAUGAAUAUGGUAACGAUGGCAAUACACUGCUGCGAAAUAUUGAAAUACACGCCAAAGCAUGUAGAGACGUCGAAUUCACAGAAGAUGGUAAAGAUUUGCUUACCUGUUCAAAAGACAAAUCUAUUAUGGUUACCGACAUGGAGACAGAGAAACUAAAAAAGUUCUAUGAAAGCGCACACGACGAAGCCAUAAAUAAGCUGCAUGUCAUUGACGAACACCUCUUUGCCACAGGAGAUGAUGGUGGUACAGUAAAGCUUUGGGAUCUGCGUACUAAAGAUUCGAUUUUUGCCCUGAAAGAAGUUGAAGAUUUUAUUUCGCAUAUGCUGACAAACGACGCAAAAAAGCUUUUGUUAGUCACUAGUGGCGACGGCUACCUCACAACGUUAAAUAUAGGAGCGCGUAAACUUUACGUACAAUCUGAACCGUAUGAGGAGGAGCUACAUAGCAUGGGAACAUUUCGUGGUAAUUCAAAACUAGUCGUAGGCACAUCCAAAGGUCGCCUUUACACAUUUAAUUGGGGCCAAUUCGGUUAUCACUGCGACAUGUAUCCUGGCAUAAAAACGCCUAUUAGCGAAAUGAUACCCAUCACCGAUCGCAUUAGUUGUGUGGCAGGUGAAGAGGGUAUCAUACGUGCUUGCCAUAUUGCGCCCUUUCGUAAUCUUGGCAUUGUGGGGCAGCACAAUAUGCCUAUUGAAAAUCUGGAUGUGAGUAAUAAUGGUGAAUUAAUUGCCUCAUCGUCGCACAACAAUGAUGUACGAUUUUGGAAUGUGAAAUAUUUUGAAGAUUUUGGUGACAUAAAGUACAAUGAAAAGCAUAAUACGUUCAAGGAUAAGCGUCACAAUUUGCCCUCGUCUAAGUUUACAAAUGCCGGAGACUUCUUCGCCGACUUGGCAAAAUCGGGCAGUGAUGAUAACGAAUGAAUGACCACGACAGGGACUGUCAUUCGAGCGUAGUUGCCCAUAAACAUGCAGGGGAAUUUGUUUGCUUUACAACAACAACAAUGAAUGAAAUAAAUUGUAAAAGAGUAUAUUAACAUAUACUAUGUAAUGUAUAAGGAAAUUGAUGUAUGUACUGUAAUUUUUUUUAAGGAGUCACGUUAAAAUAAUAAUUAAAAGAACAGAAAAUUAGAACUUUA